AUGUCGGGCCAUGGCGCCUUGCCAGCGAAGCAGGAUCAGGCCGCUCUGGAGCUUUCCCUCGUGAUCGAGGGCCCGUCGGGUUCGCAGCAGAUCAAUCUGGUGGGGAACGGUGCCAGCAUCAGCAUCGGCCGCGCUCCGGACUCCCAGGUGCAAUUGGCGAGCAGCGGCCAAGACGUUGUCCUCAGAGUCCGUGACACUUCACGGAACGGCACCGGUGCGCGGCACAGCCGCUAUUCACAGGCCCAGCGUCCCUUCAAGGAGUUGAAGGAAGGGGAAGAGGAGGUGCUACAUCAUCGCUCUCAGCUGUUAAUACCUCUCAAAGAAAAAGACAAAGGCAGAGACACUAGAUCGGUUCUAACGAUAUACUUCAACCUACCGGAUGCUUACAAUCCUGCGCAAGAGAGAACCCCUAUUCCCGCAGAGAAGGAGAAGCUGGGCGAGGGUGGCUUGGCUGUUGUCUACCGCGCCCGCGAUGUCUCAGGAUCCCUAGGCGAGGUCGCCGUCAAGGUUUCGAAGUUCAAGAACUUGCCGGUAGUCUCCAAUCAAAAUCGGCAUGUCUAUGCUCUGCAUCGCGAAGCACAGUGGUCGAUGAAGUGCCUGCACAACACUGAAGAUCCCCGCUACGACCAGAAAGGAGCGGAGCUCUUCGCGAAGUAUUUGGAGGAUCACACUGGCUUUGAUGCACACGACGACGUCACUUUCGAUGCCACGAGGCAGAAGUUUGAAGAUCCGGACUUUGCGUGGUCCAAACACAGCUUCGAGCCGAAAUUGGCACGUGAGCCUUACGUGGUUAUGGAACUGGUGGAGGCCAAGCUUCUUCAGUCUGUGAUCGAUGCGAAUCCGCCUUUGGACUUCGUGGAGAAGCGAACCAUUACCAGGCAAUGUGUGGAUAGCCUCCUGUACCUUUCCAAAUUUGAGGCAUUGCAUCGGGAUUUCCGAGGCUGCAACAUAUUCCUUCAAGGUCGUGGAAAAGGGUGCCAGCUGAAGGUCAUUGAUCUUGGCUUCAUGAUCUCCGCAGAUGCCCACCAGGAAAAGAACCCCAACAUCGCAGUUCGCUGCGCAUGGCAGGGCAACAAAGACAAGGACACUCGCAUCCGCUUCGACUGGGCGCCGCCAGAGGUGCGGACCAAGGAGGUCCGGAACUUCGGCCUGCCGGGUUGCUCCUUUGACAUCUUCUCUUUGGGCGCUGCAGGCCGUUUUCUUUGGGAGGACGUGGUGAACAGCCGCGACAUGUCCGAAAAGCUCCUGUCAAUCACGGCCGACAUCAAAGAGCUGAGGCUGCCUCCUCAGCUCUUCCGCCGAAUGCUUGACAAGAACUCGGAGAACAGGCCCACGCCCAAAGAUCUCUCUGCGGCCUUCAGCGAACGGCCGAAGCGGCGGAAGGGGGAGAGGCCGCCCCUGGUGCAGGUUCAGGACAAGAAUCUGCUCAUUCCAGUGACGCCCCCGAGCGACGGUGGCUUCGGCAUGGGCUACACGCGUGCAGUCUUUUACCAAGACCAUCCGGAGCUGCAAACGCCACCGGAGCUGCCGGCGCCGCCGGGGCAGUCAGCACGGCCACCAGGAACGGCGCGGCCAGCACACCCGUCAGCACCGCCGCCUGCACCAGCGCGGGCAGCACCACCACCGCCGCCGCCUCCGCCGCCGCCUCCGCCACCUCCGCCUGCGCCUGCACCUGCACCUGCACCUGCACCUGCACCGGUGCCUUUAGCGCUGGCAUUCCCCCAAGGGUCUCUGCUGGAAGAGAUCCUCCAUGGCCCUGGUGACGCCCCCCCGGGCCGCCAGAUGUCCGUGCAGGUGCCGGCAGCGUCAGCGCAGACGCAGAACUGCACAGAGCAGAGGCAAGCUGAAAUGGGGAGGAAGAGGCCCGUCACGCCACCAACGCCACCUGGCCGGCGGAAGUCGCCACGCCAGGACCGGCAAGCGCCACGUGGAGAUCGCAGGCGCAUUUGGACGAAUGAUGCUGCAACCUUGUCAGUCUUGGACAGAUAA